CUUCUGAUUUCGCCAUGCAUAACCAGCUAAUAUCUUGCCUUCCUUAUGGUAUAUCCUCGCAGGUGAGAGACAUCAUACUUUGCCCCCCUCUAGUAAUGAAAUACGAGACACUUAAACAGGCUAUUAUUCAGCGAAUCACGCCUUCUGACAAGGUCCGUCUGCAGCAACUAUUUAGUGAUCUGCAGCUAGGAGAUAGGAUGCCUUCAGCCUUGUUGCGCGAAAUGCAACAGCUCAUCGGCACGUCCAACAUGGACGUAGGGCUUCUCCGCGAGCUGUGGAUGCAACGCCUUCCUGAAAGCACACAGGCUAUCCUUGCAGUAGCAAGUGACUUGCCCAUCACAGCAAUUGCAGAUCUAGCAGACCGCGUCAUCGAACGGCACCAGCCAGAGACUGAAACCAAAGCACUUAAGCAGCUUUGCGCUGGCGCAACCACGACAGGCGCGACUAGCCCUCCGUCGGCAAUAGACGCAUUAUCAUUGCAGAUAGCGUCGCUUCAGCGCCAGAUCAAAGAACUCACCUUAAAACGUAAGCACCGCAACCGCUCUGGAUCAUCGCCCCGUCGCACAAAACCUGAUGCCUUAGGUUACUGCUUUUACCACUCGCGUUUCGGUACUAAAGCAUGUAAGUGCGUACAGCCAUGUAGCUACUCCGCUAUAGAUGAUUCGCCACGCCGGGCUGUAAUGGCUACGAACGUCGGCAAAGCCCAAAGUCGUCUCAUCUACAUUAGGGAUAAUGACUCCGAUACCCAGUUCUUAGUUGAUACCGGGGCGGAAGUCAGCGUCAUUCCCCCUAUGCCAGGUGAGCCUACCGCUUCUCUGUCGACAAGCCUCAGUGCCGCCAAUGGCACGCCGAUAGCCACCUAUGGUCAUCGGUCACUUACCCUGGACCUAGGUCUUCGGCGUACGUUCCGCUGGGUAUUCACUGUCGCUGCAGUCCCCUUUGCCAUCAUCGGCAUUGACUUUCUCAGGCAUUUCGACCUCUUGGUCGAUGCGAAACGCCAGAUGAUAGUCGACACUGCAACAAAACUCAGCGUACGUGGCAUCACCGCCGAUGUGACAUCUAUAUCCCCGGUCUAUGCAUUUCCCCAGACCUCGUCAGCCUACGCUAAUCUCCUUUCUCAGUAUCCCAAGCUCGUUCAGCCAAUGAACGCAGCUUUGCCCGUGGCAGCUCAAGUCACGCACCAUAUACGGACGAACGGCCCACCUGUGUCAUGCCGUCCACGCCGCCUAUCGCCUGAGAAACUAAAGGUAGCUAGGGCGGAGUUUGAGCACAUGCUUGAACUUGGAAUAAUCCGUCCUUCCGACAGUCCUUGGUCCUCGCCCCUGCAGAUGGUCCCCAAGAAAUCUGGUGACUGGCGCCCUUGCGGUGAUUACCGCGCACUCAAUCGCCUAACCGUCCCAGAUAGGUAUCCCAUCCCACACAUGCAGGACCUUACUGCAUGCCUCACAGGUAAGACGAUCUUCAGCAAGAUCGAUCUGGUUCGCGCCUAUCACCAGAUACCUGUGGAAGACAAUGACAUUCCUAAAACAGCCGUAAUCACUCCUUUCGGUUUGUUUGAAUUUUUAAGAAUGCCAUUUGGACUGUGCAACGCCGCACAAACCUUCCAACGUUUCAUCCACGAUGUCACUCGUGGCCUAGACUUCGCAUAUGCCUACCUCGAU